AUGUUAUCUUUACAAUUAGCUCACAGAUUAGAGAACCGUCAUGUUUUAUUGAUUGGUGCAGGUGAUGUUGCAGUAACAAGAAUCCCCAAAUUGCUACCCACAGGUUGUAAAUUAACUAUUAUUUCACCAAGUCUUCACGACAAGAUACGAGCCACUUUCCCAUCAGAAUGGCACGAUGGUAUUCCGUUGGGUGGGGUGAUCACAAAUGAACAUUGGAAUAGUCAAAUACAACAGAGUUAUCGGGUGGUAAACGAUACUUACAGACAAGAACAACUCGAUUUGGAACCAGCUUGGUCCCUGAUAUUAGUAUGCAUCAGUGAUCAUGACGUCUCUAGACAAAUAUAUGAAGAUGUUGUUGCGAAAUAUGGCUCUGCACAAAUGAUCAAUGUAGCAGAUGUCCCGCCACUAUGUAACUUCUAUUUCGGUGCAAAUGCUACAUUGGCACAGGGUAGAUUGCAAAUACUAGUCUCCACCAACGGAUUAAGUCCUCGGUUUAGUGCUUUGCUAAGAGACGACAUUGAACAAAGAUACGAUUCACAAGCUGGACAACUUGAUCUGGCCAUUGACAAGCUGGGCCAAUUGAGAUCCAGAAUCAGAGUAAUUGCGUGUAACACAAACGACGUGGCAUUCCGUAUGAACUGGGUGAAACUAGUCACAGAUAGGUUUGGUCUAGCGUACUGUCAUGUCAUGGAUGUAGAGAAACUGAGCCAUUUGUUCACUCAGAUGUACAACGACGCAACACUGCAGACAGUAACACCCGUAGCAGUCACAGACAGCGACCUCCCCUCCCACGACUACAUGUUGCAACACUAUUCCCAACUGUAA